UUGGAAGUUACUAAAUGACCAUGAACACUGAUUGAAAUGGCGUCAGUGACGGUACGGGGCUCGGCUCUCUGCACCGCGUCUCUGCUAAACUUUGCAUUUGUUUUCAUUUCCGGUGCAGACUUUGUUCGGUUCAUUUCUUUUCGAGCAAUUUACCACAACAUUACCGGGGAGACGACCCUGUGCCAAGACUCUGUACCUUGGUCAGAGGCCCUGCAGGACAGCUCUGUGCUCUGGUCUCUUGUUGUGGAUUUGGGGCUGCUGGCUCUCUUCACCACACAGCACAGUCUGCUGGCCUGGUCUCCUGUCAAACAGGCCCUGCAGUCAGUGCUGGGAGCCCUAAACAGGACGGCAUACUGCUUCACCACUGCACUGACCCUCCAGAUUUUAAUGCGUUACUGGCAGCCUGUGACCAGCGCCCCCUGUCUUUGGUCGGUACGUCAUGCACCCUGGAAUAUCUGGUUUCCUCUGCUCUGCUUCACUCUGCACUUCCUCUGCUGGACAAUCAUCUGCAGCAUCCUCAUGAUCUUUGAUUGCCCAGAACUGCUGGGCGUCAAGCAGGUGUAUUAUGAGUGUCUCGGUUUAGGCGACCCCUUGUCUCAAAAGUCACCGGGUGCUCAGCGCUUCUUGUCUCACCUCCGUCACCCUGUGUGUCUUGAGCUGGGCGUGGUGCUGUGGCUCUUGCCCUGUUUGUCCCUGGAUAGACUCCUGCUGGCGGGGACUCUGUCAACCUACCUGGCUUUCGCACACUCCCUGGACACACAGGAUUUAGCGUACAUGUGUGCUCACUUCAACAGUAAGAUGCAGAUCUUAACUGAGCCGCAGCGGGGCAGCGCUGACACCUCAGAGCGGGACAACGGCAACCACACGGAGAAGUGAAAGUCCUGUCACUGCUGUGAUGAGAAGCUGAAUGCUGUCUAACUAUUGACCUGAAAUGUUGAGUCUGGUAAUCUGCUGUGCUGAAUAAGAACAACAAACAACAAAC